AUGUCCGAAGUUCACGUCGGUAUUAUUUCUGCCCGAGUUCAAACAAUAAUAUCAUCCAGUACCAAUGUACUUGAGAAACAGGCCUGCACAUCACAGUGGAGAGCAGGAAUGACGACUUGCGUGAUCGGGGUUUUAGCCGAUGGCCCAAGCUCUUGGGGGUUAUCGGUUAUCAGCGCAGCUCCGUCCAUCUCUCCGCAACUACGCGCGAUGUUUCGAUUCACCCUGAGAGCGCAGCUCGCUCCAUAUGCUUCCAAUGGCAUUCGUUCAUUCUCUGCGACUGUCCCUGUUCUAUCUGAUGUGAAGUCCCGGACACUAGAUCCUAGAUGGCUGACGUUGAUCAAGCGGAGGAUUGGGAAGUGUAUGAUGUUUGGACUGCCGCCAGCCCAGAUCGAAGAGGGAGGCAGGAUCCUGGAUCAAUUGGCGAGGGAAUGGCGCGAGCUGGUUGCUGGAAGUGAAGGAUUUCUCACUGAGGCGAAGCGACGUAGUCUGUUCCGUCAUGGUGUGGUUUGGGGCGAACAGGUAUGGCUUGGCCAUGUCAAUAAUGUCACUUACGUUCGGUAUGCCGAGACUGCUCGAGUGAAUUGGACCCGCAAUAUUGGCACCCACAUCGACCCCGCAAACAAGAAAGAGUGGCACAGUAUGGUUGGCUCCACCGGAAUUGGUCUCAUCCUGAAGAGCAUCAAAGUCGACUACAAAUUUCCCAUGACAUCCCCUGACAAGAUUACUGUUUAUCAGAAAUUGAUUCCAGAUCCGUCUGGACACCUCUCAUCCCAAUCUGCAUUCCGUCUUGAGGUGAUGAUUCUCUCCGAGGCGCGUCAGCGGCCUUCUGCUCGCUGCUUUGAGGAUAUCGUACUCUAUGAUUACAAGAAAAAUCGCAAGACUGUCAACUUGCCGCCAUUUGUCAUGGAUCAGUUCAAGGUGAUGUGGGAACAACAGGAAAAUGAGAUGGAAAGGUGGCAGCAUAAGAUCGCCGACAUCGAGAACAGAGUUAGGGGUCUUGAACUCGAAAGCUGGGACCGGACUGACGCCGUGGAAGAUAAUGGCUCUGCAUAG